AUGCCACAGCCUCUCAGUGCGAAAGAGGCUUCCCUCUUUCGGUCCGUCAUCCGCGCCUAUGAGGACAAGCAGUACAAGCGCGGCCUCAAGUCCGCCGACCUCAUCUUGAAGAAGGUUCCCAAGCAUGGCGACACCAUGGCCAUGAAGGCCCUGAUCAUGAAUGCUCAGGGCAAGACCGACGAGGCCUUUGCGCUCGGCAAGGAGGCCCUGACCGUCGACAUGAAGUCGCACAUCUGCUGGCACGUCUACGGCCUGCUGUACCGCGCCAACAAGAACUACGAGGAGGCUAUCAAGGCAUACAAGUUCGCGCUCAGGCUCGAGCCCGAAUCUGCCCAGAUCCAGCGAGACUUGGCCAUCCUUCAGGUCCAGAUGCGCGAUUACGCCGGCUACAUCCAGAGCCGCACAGCUAUGCUCCAGGCUCGUCCUCAGCUGCGCCAGAGCUGGACUGCGCUGGCCAUUGCUCACCACCUCUCGGGCGACCUUUCCGCUGCCGAGAACGUCCUCACCACCUACGAAGGAACCCUGAAGGCCACCCCCUCCCGCGCCGACUACGAGAACUCCGAGGCUAUCAUGUACAAGAACACCAUCAUUGCCGAGCAGGGCGACUACCAAAGAGCUUUGGAGCACCUCGAGUCCGCCGCCAAGCAGAACCUGGACAGACUGGAGUACCUGGAGUUGCGUGCCAAGUACCUGCUGGAGUUGGGCAAGAAGGAGGAGGCCAUUGCUGCCUGGGAAGCUCUCGUCGAGCGCAACGCUGACCGGCCUGCUUAUUUUGAGGGCUUGGAAAAGGCCCACGCCUUCUCCGACAGUGACAAGGACGCCAGGAAGCAGGUCUACGACACAUACGCCAAGAAGUUCCCUCGCUCAGACGCCCCUCGCCGGUUGCCUCUGAACUUCCUCACGGGCGACGAGUUCCGUGCGGCUGCCAAGGGGUACCUCACUUUGAUGUUCAACAAGGGCGUUCCGUCGACCUUUGCCAACCUGAAGCACCUCUACGCCGACUCUGCCAAGAAGGAGGCCUUGGAGGCUCUCGCCCAGGAAUACAUCAAAUCGCAGAGCUCUGCCACAGAAGCUGCCAACGGCGACCGCUCCAAGGGCGAGGCCGCCGCCUUAUACUUCCUGGCACAGCACUACAACUACCAUUUGAGCCGCGAUCUGGACCAAGCUCACAAGUACAUCGACCAGGCCAUUGAGAAGGUCAAGGACAGCGUCGACUUCCACAUGACCAAGGCUAGGAUAUACAAGCACCAGGGCGACCUCAAGAAGGCUUCUGAGACCAUGGACCAGGCUCGCCUUCUGGAUACCAAGGAUCGCUACAUCAACACGAAGGCCGCCAAGUACCAGCUGCGCAACAACGAGAGGGAGCAAGCUCUGAAGACGGUAGGCCUCUUCACUAGGGCCGACACUGUUGGUGGGCCUCUCGCAGAUCUCCUGGACAUGCAGUGUGUCUGGUUCUUGACAGAGGACGGUGAGGCUGCUGCCAGACUGGGAGAUGACGCCUUGGCCUUGAAGCGAUUCCACACCGUUCACAACAUCUUUGACGUGUGGCAAGAAGACCAGUUCGACUUUCACAGCUUUUCUCUUCGGAAGGGCCAGAUCCGCGCCUACAUUGAUAUGGUGAGGUGGGAGGAUCAUCUGCGCGACCAUCCUUUCUACUCAAAAGCGGCGCUUGAAGCUAUUAAGAUCUACCUUAAGCGCGCUGAUCGCCCGGCAACCAACGGUGCCAACGGUGCUGCGAACGGCGACGAUGCGUCCGAGAGAAAGAAGGCGGCUAAGAAGGCCAAGAAGGAGCAACAGCGUCUGGAGCGCGAGGCAGCUGAGCGCGCAGCCAAGCAGGACCCCAACAAGGGCAAGGCGAGUGAGGAGCCCAAGAAGAAGGACGACGACCCGUUGGGAUUGAAGCUUCUGGAUGCUGAGCCCUUGAGCGCCGCCAUGCGUUUUGUCAUUCCCCUUUUGCAAUUCAGCCCCCAGAACAUCGAGGCCCAGUUCGCCGGUUUCGACGUCUACUUGCGCCGCAAAAAGUACAUUCUUGCCCUGCGCUCUCUCAACGCUGCGCGCGCUCUCGACGAGUCCAACGCCGGCGUUCAGGAGCGCGCCCAGAAGUUCGCCGAGGUCAUCAAGCCCGCCCUGGAGAGCCUACCAGCCAAGGUCCAAGAAGUCAUCAAGUCCGAGUUCAAGGCGCCCGCAUAA